GUUUAGGGCUGACGAAAAUUGACCUCCGGAUUUAUGUGCUGUUACAGCAGCCGCCCGUAGCUCGUACUAGUCCUAGCAGCCGUAAUUCUUAUCUUACGCACAUAGGGGUUUACAUAGUUACUGUUGAUUUGAUUUCUCAAGGAACGGAUGCUCACUGUUUUCGCCAGAAAAGAAGCGACUAGAACUAGGGAAAAUAUUUGGGUUUCUAUGAUGACAUUUGUUGCGAAUCUGGUGCAAUCGCUGUAAAGUGACACUCAGUACUCUCCUAGAAGGUUCGGCUCUAGUUAUUUUUAAAGUGUUUUAGGCGUUUUUGUCGGGGUUUCUAUUUUGUACUGUUUUCUUCAUGUCCGCCAGCCAAAAAUGUUGUAGCAGUAUCGUCGGGCAAAAACGCAUAAAACACGACAAAAAAUAACAACCGGAGUUAAACUUCUGCUUGGAGGUUAACACUCAGGGCGCAAUGCUCGACGUUUUUGCAGAAGAAAUGUGUUACUGUAUGCAUGCUUGGUAAUUUAGAUAGCGGUGUGAAUCAGGCUGUUGGUCCUUUCUAGACAACAUAAUGUGUAAUGAUGUAGGACUAAAAUAUUAUCUAUGUAUAACAUAUUGGUAGUAAACAAAGAUAACAUUGAAUAGAAGGCUUACACACAACUACCAUAACUAUUAUAUCUAUUCUUCAUAUCGUUUGCACGUCAUAACUUCAGCCGUUUUGUGGCAUUGUUUGACGUCACGGAAAUAUUUAUCCUUCUUGUAGUGUCUAUUUGAAGGACCACUGCUGCAACGCAUUAAACUUCCGCAAGAGUUCUCCAUGUACGUGCCCCCGAAGUAUGCCUGUAAUAAGUCGCCUUCCCAUGCAUGUCCUCCUGUUGCAAGAAGCUAGCAAUCUUCUUUACCGUUUUAAGAAUAGAUGUCAGGUUUUCCAUUAUCACCUUUCAGAGGUUUAUUUUCUGAGUUGGAGGCUUUAUGAAAUUAUAGGCAACGAGAAGCCAUGUAUACUUAGAUGCACCGUGUUGCAUGUAUGGGGAAUAGUAUGAAGACUAACUUACUCGAGUCGACAUUACAUUUAUGUACAUAUCAGCGACAAACAUACGGUCUUCCUCGCUUUUAGUACCAUUUCAUAGGGAUGAAGAAUGACAGAAACAACAAAUUUAUUUUCAGAACUAGUUUUUCGUCCCACUCGAGUCCGUGCGUUCGGCUCUGAAGAUGAUGCAAAAUUGCGCAACCUGGUGUAGUCAGCAAUGCUAGCCAAUCAUGGGUCAGUAAAAUCACCUCAUAUUGUCUUCUGUAAAAUGAAGUCACUCUGAUAAGUCUGCCGUAUUCUGUUGAACCGGGUAGGAAUAACUUGCCAGGUAACAGAUCCAAGAUGCCAUGGUAACGGUGACUUUGCCAAGCAGAAAGACAAUUGAAGAAUUGUUCGUCUGUGAUCCAGUGUGUGGGAGUGUUUCGAGAGAUUUGUUGUUGAUGAGCAACAAUAAUCCUUCGACCAAUAGCAGACGCUCUUUGCCGGAAUCUCAGCGAUUGAGUCUAACAUCCGGGCCCCGGCAGUUGCAUCCUGGGAUGGGACCCAACAUUGUAAAUCCCAGCCCCCAGAAGUUGUUUCAUCAGAGCCUUCAUGUAGCUUCGUGGGAACAAGUCUUAAAACGUUCCCUCCACUUCGGAGGACAAAAUGUCGGACACAGGAUCUGCGUGUUCCAUACGGUACAUGCUGCUGAUUGUAGCAGUCGUGGAGACCCUCUUAUUCUCCGGAGUGUUCUUUGGCUGGGCGUCUCUAGUGUACGUACUGAAGGCGGACGGAUUCUUCACUCACCUGUGUGAUGAGGCCCCCGCGGAUGGCAACAAUGUCAGCAGAUUGAUGGAGAACCGGACCCACAACUGGACCUCACAGGGGGGCAAUGGGACAUCCUUGCCGACCGUUGUUGAGUGCGAUGCCCAGAACAGCCAGUUCUCCCUCAUCUUCACCCUGACGACAAACAUGUUCGCCUUCGGCUCCGUCCUGGCGGGCCUGGUGUUCGAUAACGCCGGCAUCAAGUGGACCCGCGUGUGCUGGGCGAUUUGUGCAACACUUGGAGCAGCUCUUCUUGGAUCGGCCCAACCAGACGAACCGCUGGUCCAUCUGGUCCUUCCCGCCAUGCUGGUGUAUGCGCUGGGUGCGAAUUGCGUGCUACUUUCGAACAUGGCGGUGGGAGAUCUGUUCGGCGAUAAAAAGUCAACAGUUGUCACACUGAUUGCCGGAGCCUUCGAUUCAUCUUCCGCCGUUUUCCUCAUGCUAAAGAUCCUGUACAUAGACGCAGAGGUCCCGUUCAACGUGUUCUGCUACGUGAUGGCAGCGCUCUCCAUGCUGUCCCUCAUCCCGACAUUCUUCCUGUUUCCAAACAAGUCGUUCCAAGAAACCGUUGAUAACGAAGAGGAAGAGCCCGAAGCUGUUGAGACACCAGAGAUGUAUGCCGGGUCUGACGACAAGCCCACGUUUCGUCAGAUCGUGACUUCUGGCCUGUUCCUGUCGCACGUGCUGUACAUGUGUGUGGAGAACCUCAGUAUCAACUUCGUCAUCGGCAGUGCUAACGCCUGGUUCAACACUCUCACCGGACAACAUCCCGGCAAGGUUAACCUGUGGACAAACAUCUUCGGGUAUUUCAUGAUGGCUGGACUGCUUCUGGAUCCCAUCACAGGCUUUGUAAAUGACAGGGCACUGAGGAUCAACAUCCGACUGGAGGGGUGGAGGAAGUGAUGGGCCUGUCUCUGGUCUCCACCUCCGACAUGUUCAUCAUGUUCGUCAUUGUCGUCAUCAGUCGGGGAUUCGUCUAUGGCGGGAAUGUCUCAUUCCUCGCAAACGCCUUCCCUGCUGAAUACACCGGACGGCUGUACGCAUGCGUACUUUGCGGGAUGGGCGUGGUGAACUCCUUACAGAUCCCCCUAAUGAUGUGGGUCCAGCAGAACGACGACAACCCGCUCUAUGUGUAUAUCCUGCUCCUGUGUAUGAACCUGCUGGCAGCCGCGCACCCUAUCAGUGUUGCUCGGUACUGCAGCAACAACAAAGUUGUCCCGACCGCCGAAGUCACGCCCUCCACCAGCAACAAGGACUCAGCCACUACGCACGGCAAUGUCUCCUUCAUCAAGGUGAAGGAAAUGACACAGGUUACUGAAGAAUGAUUGACGGACUACGCUGAAAUGGCCAGGAGAGGCAAUUACCAUUUCUUGACAUUUUUGACUUGUGAUAAAACUCAUUGUAAAAAAAAAUAAAAUUUCUUCUCUUGGUUUAAUUUCUAGUUAGAGAAGGUAACAUUAGAUCAACGCGUAAAAUGUCCUUUACAGUAACAAUGCACAAAGAAGGUUUUUACUAUUUGGUUCUGUUGUUUAUUGACAUUUUAAAGCUAGUUCACUUUUUAAAGUAUGUUUCAUCCAUACAAGUUAGCAAACAUGAUAAAGACACUGCCUUGUGAACAGUAUGAACAACGAUGCUUAAAUAGAUAUAUCAUAUACCGUAUCACAGGAAUAUCUACCAUUUGACAACUAUUUACAAAUCAUUUGAAGACUAAGCUGUUUUCUGACAAAAAAAAUUGGACUCACCGGAA